AUUUAAGGCUUUCAGAGUCUGAAUCUUAUGUUCAUAAUCCUGAUUUGUCACGGUUAUUUGAUCAAGGGAUUCUUUCUGAAAGGCAAAUUUCUAGCCUUAAAGAAGAUGAUUGGGUUACAAGUAAUCCAAACACUGAUGAAGAAGAAAAGGAUUACCUAAAAGAAUGGUUAGAAUCUUCGAUUAUGACACAUUCAUCUAGGCAUAAUGAAUUGGAAUAUCAAGUGUCACAAGCUGUUAAUGAAGAUAAAGGCGAUGCUGCAGAGGCUGAAUUUCAAGAAGGGCAAAUGAUUAAGGGAGAUUAUGUUAUUUUACGAGCGGAAAAUUACGUGGAUGCGUCUACAUUUGUUAGUGAAGAAGAUUUGAAAAAAUAUAUGGCUUAUGAAGAUUUAUCAUAUGUUCCUCAACAUGUAAGAGCUGUAAUGCACAAUAAAUGGAGACAGAAAAGACUUGAUGUCGUAAAUUCCCAACUUCGUAAACUUUGUGGAAAAUAUUCAAAAGUGUGUGAGGAUAUAAAGAAAGAAAAAAUUCGGGAAGACCUCAUGAUUUUAAAAGGUAAUCGAGUUGUUGGAAUGACAACAACUGCAGCG